CUGAUAGCAUGUUGGGGGGUUUUUAAGUCAACCAAGAGACUCUGCUUUUUCUUCGCCGAGUGUCGUCGUCGUCGUCGUCGUCUAGGGUUUGCUUCUUCCAAGGACUUUUGCGGAUUUAGGGUGAAAAGAUGAAGCCAGUGUUCGUCGGGAAUUUCGAGUACGAAACUCGCCAGUCGGAAUUGGAGAAAUUGUUCGGAAAGUAUGGGAGAGUCGACCGAGUUGACAUGAAAACUGGAUUUGCUUUUGUGUACUUUGAGGAUGAACGUGAUGCUGAAGACGCAAUUCGCAAGCUUGACAAUUUUCCUUUUGGAUAUGAGAAACGCAGGUUAUCAGUCGAGUGGGCAAAGGGUGAACGUACCAGGUCUCGUGGUGAUAGCAAGGCUGGUUUAUAUCAGAAGCCUAGGGCUACGAAUACACUGUUUGUCAUUAACUUUGAUCCCAUAAGAACAAAAGAGCACGACAUUGAAAAGCACUUUGAGCCCUAUGGUAAGGUCGUUAAUGUGCGUAUCAGACGCAACUUCUCAUUCGUUCAGUUUGAAACACAAGAAGAUGCCACAAAAGCCCUUGAAGCUACUAAUAAAAGCGAAAUAUUGGAUAGGGUUGUUACUGUGGAGUAUGCGAAGGGUGGUGAUGAAAGAAAUGAUCGAUAUGGCGGUGGUCGUAGCCCGAGAAGAUCUCGUAGUCCUGUGUACCGUAGGCGUCCAAGCCCUGAUUAUGGUAGGCGUCCAAGUCCAGAUUAUGGUCGUCCUCCUCGAAGCCCAGAGUACGACAGGUACAAAGGUCCAGCAGCUUAUGAAAGACGCAGGAGUCCAGAUUAUGGACGUAGGAGUUCUGAUUAUGGUAGACAAAGGAGUCCUGGUUAUGACCGUUACAGAAGUCGCUCUCCAGUCCCAAGAGGAAGACCAUGAAGAAGAUGUACGACCAAGAAUGUCUGUGACAGUUAGUAGAAGGGUAGAUGUUGCUAUGUCAUGUUUUGAAUUGCAUGAUACGAGUUUGAAAGUACUUUUUAUGACUUAUCAUCUUUUGCUAUGUGUGACUAUUAAUUAGUCCUUUAGAGUUGGAGAUGUUAUCAGAGAUAGCCGAAAGCCUUGCUUGAAUUUGAUUGCGCUGACGAUCUGGUUGAUUAGUACUUGGUUCAUGUACUAAUUCUUUUGAUUCGUCAUUAUUUUUCUAAA